CAACAGAAAGAGCCUAAGAUAUCGGCUCGGUCAUGUGAUCAGCUGUGUCCAAUCACAGCUGAUCACAUCAGUGCCACCUGUCAGUGUCCAUUAGUGCCAGCUGUCAGUGCCCAUCAAUACCACCUGCCAGUGCCCAUCAGUGCCACAUCAAUGCCACAUAUCAGUGCCUACCAGUGUACAUCAAUGCCACAUAUCAGUGCCCAUCUGAGCUGCCUUUCAGUGUCACCUAUCAGUGCCAGUCAGUGCCACCUAUCAAUGCCUGUCAGUGCUACCUAUCAGUGCUGCCAAUUAGUG